GAAAACCACAACCCAAACUGCAUACAAGCUGAAGCUCGCUGUAUGGUUCCUGCUUACGGAACCGCUUUUCCAGCGCGGCAAGAAAAACAAGCCCAUAGCACCAACCAAAUGCGAGCGCUGAAAAAAGUUUGCUGACGGUGGAAAACCGAUUUUUGUUGUUUCUCGUUUUUUCGAGAGGGUGGUUUUGCAAAUUUUGGCGUUCGCCGGCCGAUUAUAAAUAGUGACCGCCGGCCAGUGGUACAGUAUCAGUCAACGUUUUGUUCUCACUAUCGAACAGUGUUCAACAGCCAGUGUCACUUCAAGACCCAACCCCACCAAACACCAAAACCAGCACCAUGAACUCCAUCGUUGCAGCAGUCAUCCUUUCCGUCGUCGUCGUUGGUGCCAUGGCCGACUACCCAGCCCCGGCCAAGUACGAGGCGCCCGCCAAGGGAGGAUACCACAUGCCCACCCACGGAUACGCCCAUGCGCCCGCACCCCACCACGGAGGAUACGCUCACCAGCCGGUCGUCCACGCUUACGCUGCCAAGGCCCCGCAUGUCAAGUGCGGCGCUAACCUGCUGGUCGGCUGCGCACCCAACGUUGCCCACGUGCCAUGCGUCCCAGCUCACCACGGAGGACACGGUGGAUACGCCGCACCCGCUCACCACGCCGCCCCGGCCCACCAUGCCUACGCCGCCCCUGCCCACGGAUACGCCCCAGCCCACGGCUACCGUUCCUUCUCCGAGGCUGACCAGGCAUCCGCCUUCGAUCUGGAGGACUAAGCGGCGACCCGAUCACCCCGAAACGGACCAACCGGAUGGAUGGAUAAACAAAUACGGAUAAAUUGGAACAUGGAACGGCUCGAAGGACCAACAAAACCGGCCGCUGAAGCGAAGGGGAAGCAGAGCUGUCAGCUGGCCACAGAACUGACCUCCGAAACGGCUGCCAACGUGGGGCGGCUCCUAGCCUAGUAUCUUGUGCACUGUUUGAUUUGCAAUUUGAUUUGAGGAAAAUAGAAUUCAUUACUAUUAACGAAACCAA